CUCUACGUGUGGUCAUUUGAACGACCCUUGUGGAAAACUGCACCUUUUCUGACUUGUAUACCAUGGGAUUAGGGGUGUGAAGUGAGGCUGCCCUGCUGACUGGCUAAAUGCUGAACUGAAGGUAAAGGGAAAAUGCAGAUAUCGUCGUUAAUUUGUUUUUUGCACUUGAUGAAUCUUUCACAUGGCCGAAGCAGCAAGACUACUCAGCAAUCCAAACGUAUUUCUUCAGAGGGCAACGUUUGUCCAGCAGGAUGUGCGACCUGCUCAACUCUGAACGGCUGUCUGUCCUGUAAACCGCGGCUCUUCUUUCACCUGGAGCUGGAUGGGUUUCGGCAGAUUGGGACAUGUCUGUUCUCCUGUCCCAGAGGUCACUAUGGAAUGCGCUCUCCGCAUAUCAGCACCUGCAACAAGUGCAAGGCAGAUUGUGCGUCCUGCUUCAGUGAAAAUUUCUGCACACGUUGCCAUCCAGGCCACUUCCUGUUCCGAGGCAAAUGUGAAAAAAGUUGUCCAAAGGGGCUGACUGCAAACACAGUACUACAUGAAUGCACAGAGUGCCCUCCUGGUUGUGAGCUGUGUGUGAAGAGAAACAUAUGCACGAGGUGCAGAGCAGAUAUGCACCAUCUCCAAGGCCAGUGCCACCACACCUGUCCCAGAGGAUUUGAGCCUGACAUGCAGCUGUGCAUCCCCCAAAUUCACUGUGAGGUUGGAGAAUGGACAAGUUGGGGACAGUGUUCCCUGAAACGGGGCAACAGAGUCUACAGGAGGGGAGAAGAGACACGAAGCCGACAAGUCCUGCGCCCGCCGAGUAACUAUGGUGACCCCUGCCCACAUGUGUCAGACAUCAGGAGAUGUGUCAUCAAAAAGAAAGACAGGAGUCGGUUGUAAUGUGUUGAAAAGGGCCCAGGAUGGAACCUGUGUUCUUCAUCCUGAAUCAAAGGUUCCGCUAGACUCCAGCAGCUGUCCAUUCAUUAAUUUUCAAAAUACGUUUAUGUAUAAUUGCAAACAAAACACACGGCUAGAGUUUAUUCUGAUACUCAAAAGAUUGUUUAAAGAUGUAAUCGUAAUCGUUCCGAAUGUAAACGCUUUUGUGUGCACACCUACAUUUUACAUUACUUUGUCCUGGAAGUGAACCUUUCUCUAGUACUAUUUAGUAUUUGCAGGUUCAAAGUGAAGGUCUACGUGCAAUAUUAAAUUAUGUAAAUAUUAUGAAGCUCAUUGAGUCAAUAUUCAGAUUUUUUUUUUUUAAUACUACAAUGAGAAUAAAAAUGUCAAACGUAUAAAUGCAAGAAGAAAUAUCUUUGUUUUUGACCGGUGUUCUGCCAAUUUCUGCUGCUUUGCCAAAAAAUGCUACCUAAUUGUUUUCUACCUUUGCAGAGCUACAAUUUUACUGUUUUACUCCCUAAACCACGUCCUUUCCCCCCAAGUGGUUCUUGUCUCUUGCCAGGCCGUCAUUGUAAAUAAGAAUGUGUUCUUAAUGACCUGCCUGGUUAAAUAAAGGCCAAUG